ACCAAAUAAAAUCCAAAAAAAAUAUUAGGCAAGAGUUUAAGGAUUGACGAGGACGUAGACGAAGAAGGCGGAGGAGCACUAAACACGACCGGCUUGAGAGAGAAAUAUUCCUGGGGAAUACCGGCCUACAAGGACCUCCGUUGUCCAUCCUGUCAGUCAGUCAGUACGUCCCCAAGCACUUUUUUAUAUCUUUUUGUAUAUGUGUGUGAGUGUGAGAGUGAGAUCUGCGAUCGCUAAGAUAUAUGUAUCCCAAAAGAACCGGCUCUUAGAGAUCACAUUACUUUGAUAAGCUCAAGCUAAGCCAAUUCAGAGCGUAUUAACACAAAAGUCUGCUGGCAGCAAUCAACUUUAAGCCAAAACUAAUAAAAUUCUCAAACAAAAUUGUUAAACAAGAAAUUGCAUACAACUAUCAUCACAAUUUUUCAAUGUUUUAAUUUUUGUGUUGUUGACUGAUGCAAAGAUAAAAGACCAAAUUCGUUAAGGAAAAGCAAUUCUCCCACAGUAUAUUAAAAUACAAAUAAACAAGUAUAAAGUAACUAAUUUUUAUUCAAAUAUAAAUUUGGUUUUGGUAAAUGUGCGCUAGCUAGAACCAUAUAUAUAUAUAUAAAUAUUAUAUAUCUAGUCGAAUAACAUUUGAUUACCUUCGUCGGUGAGUGUCUAGCCAAUCAAUCUAUACCCUAUAGGAACCAUAUAUACCACAAGGUUUUAUACUGAAUUUAUAAAAUUUGGGUAAGGGCGCAGUGCGCAUCGAAGGCCCCAUCAAAAGCAGAAACACCAAACUCAAUAUAAACCAAGAAAAAUACCAUAAGCAAGUGUUUUUUUGUCGUAAAUAAAUAAAUAUACAUAUUUACACUUAAAUGAAAGAAGUUAAACAAAAGUAACAUUAAAAUAAAGACUUGAAUUUCUCAAAGAAAUUAAUAUUUAUACAAGAACAAGCGAAGAAGUAUAAGAAAAACGGACUUCCAACGAUUUCAAAACACGACGAAAUAUUUUUAGAGCAAGAACCCUGCAACAAGCUAUGAUAACGAAAACAAUUCAAAUCGGUUAACAAAAUAUUUGCCAAAUCCAUGUAUGAAUCAAAAACAAACAAAUAAUACGGAAUAAACGCAAACUUAAUGAAAAAUCAAACGUCGAGCUACAAGAAUUUAUAUUAAAAAAUAAAAACAAUGGAAUAAAGAAAUUGAGAAGAACCAAAAAAGGACGAGUGCAAAAAGCGGAUUUAGGGGAAAAGCGAGGGAAGGAUCGAGAUCACCAUAGAUCAGCUGUAAAGUGAUAUUUUAUAAAAACCGAAAAUAUCAGUUAAGGACAACGACUUAUAAGAUUGAGUGAAAACGAGCGAGCAAUCGAACAGCCAUCAUUUAUCAAGGAAAAGACACGGAUCACCCUCAAAAAAGGCAGAUUUUUUAACUGAAGAGGAAAAAGCAAACAGACGAGGCAAAAAGAAAUAGGACGGAAAGUAAACAAAAACCAAACACCACCAAAUAAAACCAACUACUAUAAAUUUAAAGCAAACAUAAACGAAUAAUCAUAUUCAAGCGGUAUAUGUACUUAUAUACAAGAGGAUAACGGAUAACACAACUAACUAUAUAUAUACGAUAUAUGAAUGUAUAUUUGAAAACCAAAGCUAAGUUCCAGUCAAAGAAAAAACCAAACACCAGCGCAAAUUUAGUAAAAGAAUAAUAAAAGGAAAAACCAAAUUAUUGCUAUCUUUUUGCAUUUUUGCAAUUUUAUAAAAAAUAACAAAGAAAACGAAAAAGAAUACCAAAAAAAAAAAAAAACUACAACUAAAGGUCAUAAUAAACUUUAACAUUCGGAGAAGCAAAAAAAAAAGAAAAAGUAAACACAUUUAGCAAAAUUUACUCUUUUAUCUAAACGAAAACCAAACAAAAAACACAAAUCAAAGUAAAACCUAACUCAAGCAUAAAUAAAAUUUUAACGUUUUAGACAGAGAACGCUCUAAACUUAACAUAAAAAAGCAAAUACAUUUUUUUCGCGAUCGUAGUUGAUCUAAAAACCCCCCCAAAAAAAAAGAAUAAAACCAAGUAAGAUCGGCGGGAAAAAGCAGUUGUGCAAAGCGCAGGAGCAAAAAAAAAAAACGCAUAAGAUACCCCGACAAGCAGCCCCGUAACUUUUAAGCGAAAAACCAACCAAGCAGUGAGAUUAGCUACUAACCAAGAGGACUAAAUCAGGACAGGAUCAGGAUGACCAACGCCAUGGACAUAGUGAAGAACGGCAGUGCCAAUGGCUCCGUGGACGGCAGCAAUGAUGAGUCGCGCACCAAUUUGAUCGUCAACUAUCUGCCGCAAACCAUGACGCAGGAGGAGAUGCGAUCGCUCUUCUCCAGCAUCGGUGAGCUCGAGAGUUGCAAACUGGUGCGUGAUAAAGUCUCAGGUAAUUUGGUCUUGCCAGCAUCGUUGACCGCUCUCAACCCGGCACUGCAGCAAGGUCAGAGUCUGGGCUACGGCUUUGUUAAUUACGUACGGGCCGAGGAUGCUGAGAAGGCUGUGAACACCCUGAACGGUCUGCGUUUGCAGAAUAAGGUUAUUAAAGUAUCAUACGCCCGUCCAAGCUCAGAAUCCAUUAAGGGUGCUAAUUUAUAUGUAUCGGGUCUUCCGAAAAAUCUAUCACAACCAGACUUGGAGGGGAUGUUUGCUUCGUUCGGCAAAAUAAUUACAUCUCGUAUACUCUGUGAUAAUAUUUCUGGUCUAUCGAAGGGCGUCGGUUUUAUCCGGUUCGAUCAGCGCAACGAAGCCGAGCGGGCCAUCCAGGAGCUGAAUGGGAAGACCCCGAAGGGCUACGCCGAACCGAUCACCGUUAAGUUCGCCAAUAAUCCGAGCAAUAGCGCCAAGGCCCAGAUCGCCCCGCCCCUCACCGCCUAUUUGACUCCCCAGGCGGCAGCGGCCACCCGACGUUUGGCCGGAGCUCUGCCCUCCGCCGGUCGCAUAAGCAUUGGAAAGAGUUCCUUGUUAGCGAUUAACAGGGGUCUGCGAAGGUACUCACCGCUGGCUGGCGACCUACUGGCCAACUCAAUCUUGCCGGGAAACGCAAUGACCGGAUCGGGAUGGUGUAUAUUCGUCUAUAACCUGGCCCCGGAGACCGAGGAGAAUGUGCUGUGGCAGCUGUUUGGUCCCUUCGGGGCCGUUCAGUCGGUGAAGGUGAUCCGGGAUCUGCAGACCAGCAAGUGCAAGGGAUUCGGAUUCGUUACCAUGACCAACUACGACGAGGCCGUGGUGGCCAUCCAGUCCCUGAACGGAUAUACCCUGGGCAAUCGGGUGCUCCAGGUCAGCUUUAAGACUAACAAGACCAAAACCACUUAGGCGAACCCGCCAAUCUGGACUAGACCUUUCCAAUACUCCACGAUCUGUUUGAUUUGACGACACCUAGACUAUAGAUCGUUCUGAUCUGAUAUGAUAUGAUCUAAUAUGAUAUGGGACAAUGACAGUGUAGUCGAAAUUGCGAAAAUUAGCGCGAGUUAUGAUACGUCUAUCAUUUGAUUUGUACGCUAAACGAAAUUAUUAUGAUUGUAAUUCUAAUGAAAUCUUAGUGAAAAUUGAUUUAUUUCCAUCUAUAUAAUUUAAUUUAAUUGACUAAAACAAGAAACCAAAAAACAAAAACGAACAAAAAAAAAAAAAAACAAAGCUUGAAUGAGGCAACCAAAAAACACAACACAGAAACUAAGGCAAACUUUAGAAAAAAGAUGAGCAAGACAACUGUCUAUAAAUUGACAAAUGAGAAUUAUGAGAAGGUAAUAGGGUCAAGGGAAAACAAAACAAAAAACGAAAAAUAAAAAACCGCAAAAAUAUGAAUGAAAAUGAUCUAAGUCGCAAUAUAUAGUAACUAUUUUUUUUUAAACUUAUGUAUAUGUAAUUCAAUUCGAUUAUAUUCAAUUAAACAAAGUAUUUAAACAAGCUAACCAAAUGAUUUAAUGUCUAUUGAUUUAAGAUUUACCUACAUAACUCUCUCAGCUUACCUAAGUACUUAUUAUAAUGGAUAUGCAUAAAUAUAUUGUAUUGUAUUGUAUUGUAUUUUGUGUUCGUUUCGCAACCUUACCUUACAUUACAUUACAUUACAUUAAUUCUAGUGCUAUUCAGCUCUUAUAUUUAAUUCGAUUCGCCAUGAUUUACACUCGAAGACGAAACGAAAAUCGAAGAUAAAGCCGCGAUAUAUUCUCCAAACGUAACAACAAAAAACCCCAGCACCCAUACCCACUCACACGUAACCAUUAUUAUAUAUAUGUAACCAGAUUUAAUUACCUUUUUUUCGUCGUCUAAGAUUCGUAUUCGUAUUCGUCAAGUGCAAACCAAAGUAAAUGAAACCAAGAAAACUUAUUAUAUUAUAUUACAUUAUAUAUUAUUACGCCUACUUAUUAUUCCAUUUUUAUAAUUAUUAUAACUUAUUGAAUGCAACCAAGCGAAACCAAACAAAACCAAACAACAAAAAAACAUUACUACAACUAAAAAUAUAUAUUUAUUAUUAAAUAAAUGUGUGACUUAUUCCAAAAACUAUGCAAAAAAAAAGAAAAAAACACAAAAAACUAAAACACAAAAAAUUGUUUUCUUUUUUCCUCACAUAUCCACACACACACACCUAAAAUAGAGCUGGCAAGAUAUCGAUUGUUCUAUUGGUAGCAUCGAUUGCGAUUUCUGAAGCCAACAAUCAAGGUUUUUCUGUCACAAUCGAAAAUUGUGGUUGUAUAACAUACCUGAUAACUUAUUAGGACCAGAUUUCUUAUCUUUAAAGUUUUCGAUAGUCCGUUCGAUAUUCCCGAUGUUUUCGAUAACACUAUCUAUUUACUGUCGAUGCUCUGUCAGCUCUAAUCUCAACCCACCUGAAAAUUGGCAAUAUUGCAGGAAAAAACGCUUUCAUAGUUGAAGUGAUCAUUGAAUAAUUGGAUCGGAUCGAAGGUAUAUCGAAUUAUAGCCAGCCAAAAUCGGAACUUCAGCCGUGCAAAUCGCUCCACACCCCAUACCACACCGAACACACAACAACAGCACUCGCAUUUAUACAAACAUAAUUAAAAUACAAACUAUGUUUCAACGCUCUCUAAAGUAUAACUAAGUUUUAACUAAGUUUUACGCCUAUAUAAAUAAAUAUCUAACUGAACACGAACUAUAUGUACGCGCAUCUAUAUAAAUUCGAUUUCCCAGUCCGAUAUUCUAGUUUUCAAAUCCGAGAUUAUUUAGUAGAGUCCACUAACAAUCAAUGUGUGUGUCUGUAGUUUAACCGAUGGCGAGAAAUCCAAGUGGAGAUAUGAACAUUUUUAGCAAGCAAAACUUUUUUUUGUGUAUUUAGGGCUUAAGGGUCAGGCCACAUCUACAUGGCAAUCGGCCAUGAGGCGAUAAAACACUACAAAA